AAAGGAUGGGACGGAAUUGGUACAAAAGACCACUUAAUCAUUCACGAGACAGAAAGGAAGAGAUCUUUUGUGGCCAUACAGGCUAUGUGACCUCUAAGGAAGGGGAAACUCAACCCUCAUAAUAUAUUCUUUCUCCUCAUCUCUCUAUAGUUCUCAUCUCUUCUUUGUGUCUUUGGCUUUUGUGCUCAUGGAAGACAGUACCACUGCAGCAGCUGCAAGGCCACCUGGUUUCAGUGGCUCUGCAGAAAACCUUGCUCAUAAGGACCCUUAUUUUCAUUCUCAAUCCCCAACCCACCACCAUGACAUCCUUUCCUCUAAUUCCAUCAUUUUGAUCAUUGUAUCCAUCAUCUCUAUCUGCAUAGUUUUCGCAAUAUUUCUAGUUAUUGUAAUGCUGCGUAGAAUCAAAUCCGCCAGAAAAAAUGACAGCUGCAAUGAGAAGAACAAUAGCAGCAGGUUCAUUGCUCAUACCGCUACAGACUUCAGUUAUAGCCCAGAUGUGAGGGAACGGUGUCUUAACGGAGGAAACCUGCUGCUCUCAACUCCAAGCAGAUACAGAGGAGUCCAAGUCUUGACAUACAAGGAGCUGGAAUUGGCCACAGAUAACUUCAGUGAGGUAAAUGUGAUAGGAAAUGGAGGGUUUGGUGUGGUGUACAGAGGAGUCUUGGCUGAUGGGACCGUGGCAGCAAUUAAGAGGCUGCAAAGAGAUAGAAAGCAAGGGGAGCGAGCAUUUAGGAUGGAGGUGGACCUGCUAAGCCGCUUGCACUCUCCAUACUUAGUGCAGCUGCUUGGCUAUUGUGCGGACCAGCAGCAUAGGCUAUUGAUAUUUGAAUUCAUGCCUAAUGGUACCCUCCAGCAACAUCUCCACAGCCCCAAGGGCCAAUACCAACCAUUGGAUUGGGGGAUCCGAUUAAGGAUAGCCCUUGAUUGUGCUAGAGCCCUUGAGUUCCUCCAUGAUCAUUCCAUCCCCACUGUAAUCCACCGUGAUUUCAAGUGCACUAAUAUUCUACUGGAUCAAAACUUCCGUGCCAAGGUGUCUGAUUUUGGAUUGGCCAAGAUAGGGUCAGAGAAGAUCAAUGGUCAGAUUUUGACGCGGGUGUUGGGGACCACAGGAUAUCUGGCCCCAGAAUAUGCUUCGACAGGCAAGCUUACUACAAAAUCAGAUGUAUACAGCUAUGGUGUAGUUCUCUUACAACUGUUAACAGGCCGUGUACCAGUUGAUACGAAGAGGCCUUCUGGAGAACAUGUUCUUGUUUCAUGGGCUCUUCCAAGGCUAACUAACAGAGAUAAGGUAGUUGAAAUGGUUGAUCCGGUAUUAGAAGGCCAGUAUUCAAAGAAAGACCUAAUUCAGAUAGCCGCCAUUGCUGCCAUGUGCGUGCAACCUGAAGCCGACUAUCGGCCUUUAAUGGUGGAUGUUGUACAGUCACUUGUUCCCGUGGUUAAAAGCUACAAUUCCAUUAGUUGCCCUGCUUCCUCUAGAUUUCAGCCUCAAACAUCAAGUCCCAGUUUCUCUACAAGGUAUGGAAUCAAGAGCUUCGGUCACAAGGCAGACAAGGACUAUUCUAUUGGAAUGUAACCCAUGAUUGUGUUCACAGACCAGCUUCUUUAGUAAUGUAGAUGCUUUAGCACUGUGAUUCUGAUGUAAUAAGAUUUUUAUUUUUACUUUUUUGGUAGAAUUGAUUAUGCUGAAAGAUGACAUUAAUAAAGCAAAAAAAGUUUU